CGCCUGGUCAGAUUGGCGAAAGGCUUAGGCUCCGGGGCUCUGCGCUUGCAGCUCCUCCCGCCUCCUAGCCUGUGCCCUGGACGGGACCCGAGCCUCCGUGCGCGUCCUUCAGUCCACCUCGUCCUGCACCCUGCAGGAUUUGCAGCAGCAGACGAGACUCACCCCUUGGUGACAGCGGCUCCUGGCUCAGGGAAACCUUUCCAGGGUUUUGCGCUUCCUUCCUGUGAGAAUGUAAGAUGGACCCAGAAGAGCAGGAGCUGCUGAGUGACUACAGGUACCGAACAUACUCCUCCGGAAUUGAAAAGGCUUUGAGAAACUUUGAGUCUUCCAGUGAAUGGGCGGAUCUCAUCUCAUCUCUUGGCAAGCUCAACAAGGCUCUCCAGAGCAACCUGAAGUAUUCCCUGCUGCCAAGACGGCUCAUCAUCAGCAAGAGGCUAGCUCAGUGUUUGCAUCCUGCCCUGCCUAGCGGUGUGCACCUAAAAGCCCUAGAAACCUACGAGAUUAUCUUUAAAAUUGUGGGGACUAAAUGGCUGGCCAAGGACUUGUUCUUGUACAGCUGCGGCUUGUUUCCCCUCCUGGCGAACGCCGCCAUGUCGGUGAGGCCCGUGCUGCUUGGCCUGUAUGAGAAGUACUUCCUCCCACUGCAGAAGCUGCUUCUGCCCAGUCUCCAAGCCUUCCUUGUGGGCCUGCUACCGGGCCUGGAGGAGGGCUCCGAGAUCUAUGACAGAACUGACGCCCUGCUCCUGAGACUAUCUCUGGUCGUGGGCCGGGAGGUGUUCUACGCUGCCCUGUGGGGAAGCAUCCUGGCCAACCCCUCCAUCCGCCUCCCCGCCUCACUGUUUGUGGUGAGCCACAUCAACAGAGAUUCACCAGGCAAGGAGCAGAAGUACAUGUUGGGCACUGACUACCAGCUCACGGUGAAGUCACUGUGCGCAUCGCUGCUGGAUACCAAUGUUCUUGUGCAAAGAAAUAAUCUGGAAAUCGUUCUGUUUUUCUUCCCGUUUUAUACCUGUCUGGAUCCUGAUGACAGAACCAUCCCCCUGCUCAGACCCGACAUCGUACACAUUCUUUCUGCGGCCACCCAGACCCUGCUGAGGAGGGACAUGUCUCUCAACCGAAGACUGUAUGCCUGGCUGCUAGGUUCAGACAUUAAAGGAAACACCAUUGUGCCCGAAUCUGAAAUUUCAAAUUCUUACGAAGACCAAUCCUCAUAUUUUUUUGAGAAAUACUCCAAGGAUCUUUUAGUUGGGGCGCUGGCUGAGAUACUGCAUCAGAAGUUCUCCGAUGCUGACAUGGAAGAGCGCCACCAUGCCUACCUGAAGCCUUUUCGCAUCCUUGUCAGCCUGCUGGACAAGCCAGAAAUAGGGCCUCAAGUGGUUGAGAAUUUAUUUCUGGAAGUCAUCAGGGCCUUUUAUUCUUACUGUAGAGAUGUCCUUGGCUCUGACCUUAAACUUAGCUACACUCAGAGUGGAAAUCUGCUGAUAAGUACAAUCAAAGAAAACAGAAACGCCUCCGAGAUCGUUAAGACAGUGAAUCUGCUGGUCUCAGCCCUCAGCACAGACUUUCUCUGGGAUUAUAUGGCGCGGUGUUUCGAGGAGUGCUUUCGACCAUCGAAGCAGAGUACCACCAUUGGAACAGCCAUCAGCCCUGCCCCCACAGUCUCGGAGCUCUGCACCCUCCUUGUGUUCCUCCUGGAUGUGAUUCCCUUGGAGCUCUACUCUGAGGUGCAGACUCAGUACCUCCCACAGGUGCUGGGCUGUCUGCUGCAGCCUCUUGCUGAGGAAGUGGAGGCCUUAAGCUUACCUGAGCUCACACACGCCUUGAAGACAUGUUUUAAGGUGCUCAGCAAAGUCCAGAUGCCACCCUCCUACCUAGAUACGGAGCCUACCAGUGGAAGCUCGAGCCCAGUGAAAGGUGGCAACAGUGACAUUGUUUCAGAAACAAAGGCCUUGGUUGCAGAUGAAGAAGAGGCUUCCUUCACCCCGCUGAAGUCUGAGGACAGUGGGAUUGGGCUCAGCGCCUCCUCCCCCGAGCUCUCGGAGCACCUGAGGGUGCCCCGGGUUUCUCCUGAGAGAGACGACAUUUGGAAGAAGGAUGGGAGCAUGCAGAGGACGUUUCUUUACAUCCAAGAGCUCAUUGCCAACUUUGCCAGCAAGAAUAUUUUUUCAGCAGCGCUGACAGCGUCAAGAGAGGAAAGCCAGACUGAAGAGGCCCCAGGGAAGAAUGACAGGGGCAGGACCCUGAGUGCGGUGACCACACAUUCUGGCAGGAAGGACUCCUGGGAGGCCAAGCCCAUCACUGUGCCCCAGUUUAAGCAGAUGCUCUCCGACUUGUUCACAGUGCGUGGAUCUCCAUUCAAGACAAAAAGUUCAGAGUCAUCAUCUGCGCCCAGCAGCCCUCAGAGAAAAGCAGAAACUGAGUGGGAUGUUGACCAGGUGGUCAUUGACUUGAGGGGAUCCAAGGAGGACUGCAGGGAGGCCUUUGCUGCCGCCUGUCACCUGCUGCUGGACUGUGCCACCUUCCCCGUCUACCUGUCUGAGGAGGAGACUGAGCAGCUGUGCCAGGCAUUGUUCCAGACACCAGGAGCUGGUGAUUGCAGUUUUCCGUCGUGGCUGAAAUCCCUCAUGACCAUCUGCUGCUGUGUGACUGACUGCUACCUGCAGAAUGUGGCCAUCUCCACCCUACUGGAAGUGAUAAACCAUUCCCAGUCCCUUGCUCUUGUCAUUGAAGACAAGAUGAAGCGCUACAAAAACUCUGGGCACAACCCAUUUUUUGGGAAGCUACAGAUGGUGACGGUCCCUCCCAUUGCCCCAGGGAUAUUGAAGGUCAUGGCUGAGAAAACAGACUUCUAUCAGAGGGUGGCUCGUGUGCUUUGGAGUCAGCUGAACAAGGAGACCCGUGAACAUCACAUCACCUGCGUGGAGCUGUUCUACCGACUACACUGCCUGGCCCCAACGGCCAACAUCUGUGAGGACAUCAUCUGUCAUGCCCUCCUGGAUCCUGACAAGGGAACGAGGCUGGAAGCUCUGUUUAGAUUUUCCGUGAUCUGGCACCUGACCAGAGAGAUCCAGGGCAGUCGCGUGACGUCCCACAAUCGCUCCUUUGACAGGUCCUUGUUUGUUGUGCUGGACAGCCUGGCCUGCACGGAUGGUGCCAUCAGUGCUGCAGCCCAGGGCUGGCUGGUGCGUGCACUCUCCCUUGGGGAUGUGGCACGGAUCCUCGAACCCGUGCUCCUGCUGCUGCUCCAGCCCAAAACCCAAAGGACCUCCAUUCACUGCCUCAAGCAGGAGAACUCAGCAGAGGAUCUGCAUCGUUGGUUUAACAGAAAGAAGCCCUCUUUCAAAGAGGCGCAUGGGGUGACCGAACUGCAGGAAGGGGGCUCUGAGGAGCACCUGCCUCUGGGCCAGUUCACCACUGUGGACCGUGAAGCCAUCUGGGCCGAAGUAGAGAAGGAACCAGAGAAGUGCCCACCAAGAAGUGAGCUGAGCGAGGAGGACCUACCCUACUAUGUGGACCUUCCUGACAGGAUAGCCCCUGGAGGCCUGGACAGCAACGAGCACACAGAGUCUGCAGACAUGAGCUCUGGACACACCGACAGCGAGAACACGUCCACCUUCUCAUCCCCCUCCCAUGACCCCCAGGAGCUCAGCCAUGAGGAGAACUGCUGCGCACCCAUCCCCCUUGGGGGCAGGGUGUACCCUAAGCACUCAGCCCUGCUGACCCUUCAGCCAGAAAGCAAGCCCAGUGCCAAAUUGAGCCUGGUACGAGCAGACUCAGACAGGACACAGGCUUCCGAGUCGUUCUCCAGCGAUGAGGAGGCCGACCUGGAGCUCCAGGCCCUUACCACGUCACGGCUGCUGAAGCAGCAGAGGGAGAGGCAGGAGACACUGGAGUCCUUGUUCAAGCACAUCCUGCUCUACUUGCAGCCCUAUGACUCCCGGCGGGUGCUCUAUGCCUUCUCCGUGCUGGAGGCCGUGCUGAAGACCAACCCCAAGGAGUUCAUUGAGGCUGUGUCCAGGACCAGCAUGGACACCAGCUCCACCGCGCACCUCAACCUCAUCUCCAACCUGCUUUCACGUCACCAGGAGGCUCUCAUUGGCCAGAGUUUCUACGGCAAGCUCCAGACCCAGGCUCCCAACGUGUGCCCGCACUCUCUGCUCAUCGAGCUCCUCACCUACCUCUGCCUGAGUUUCCUGAGGUCCUACUAUCCCUGCUACCUGAAGGUCUGCCACCGGGACAUCCUGGGCAACCGCGAUGUGCAGGUCAAGAGCGUGGAGGUUCUAAUUAGAAUAAUGACGCAGCUCAUCUCGGUGGCCAAGUCCUUGGAAGGGAAGAACACGGAGUUCAUCCACAGCCUGCUGCAGAGGUGCAAAGUCCAGGAGUUCGUCCUGCUCUCACUGUCAGCGUCCAUGUACACCAGCCAGAAGCGCUACGGCCUGGCCACUGCCGACCUAGGCAGAGUUCUGCCGGAGGACAACCUCUUUGAGGAAAGCCUCAUCAAUCUGGGGCAGGACCAGAUUUGGAGCGAGCAUCCGCUGCAGAUUGAGCUGCUCAAGCUCCUGCAGGCACUCAUCGUCCUGGAGCACCACCUGGGCCAGGGGCAGGAGGAGGCCGAGAGCCAGCCAGCCCUGUCCCGAGAGUGGCAGAGGGCCCUCAACUUCCAGCAGGCCAUCGGUGCCAUGCAGUACGUGCAGCCCCACCCCCUCACCUCCCAGGGCCUGCUGGUAUCAGCCGUGGUGAGAGGCCUGCAGCCUGCCUAUGGCUAUGGCAUGCACCCCGCCUGGGUGAGCCUGGUCACACAUUCCCUGCCGUAUUUCGGAAAGUCCCUGGGCUGGACGGUGACGCCCUUUGUCAUCCAGAUUUGCAAAAAUCUGGAUGAACUGGUCAAGCAGUAUGAAAGCGAGUCUGUGAAGUUGUCAAUCAGCACAACCUCAAAGAAGGAAAACAUUUCUCCAGAUUACCCACUCACCCUGCUGGAAGGUCUGACGACGAUUUGCCAUUUCUGUCUUUUGGAACAGCCUAACCAAAACAAAAAGACCGCUGCCAUCAGUGAUCCUAUCAGCUUGAGAAAUGCUAAAAAUGCCAUUUUGGAAGAGCUGCCUCGAAUCAUGAACACCAUGGCCCUUAUAUGGAAUGUUCUCAGAAAGGAGGAGACUCAGAAGAGACCUGUGGAUCUCCUAGGGGCCACAAAGGGAUCCUCUUCCGUUUACUUUAAAACCACCAAGACCAUAAGACAAAAAAUUUUGGACUUCCUAAAUCCCUUGACAGCCCAUCUCGGGGUUCAACUGAUAGCCGCAGUAGCUACGGUGUGGAGCCGAAAGCAAGCUCAGCGCCACAGUAAGACAAAGGAAUUCUUUUCUUCUGGACAGAUUGUCCCUGUGGCAAGUGCUUCCCAGCUCACCCUUGUCGACUUGAUUUGUGCACUCAGCACUCUGCAAACAGAUUCCGUGCUGCACCUGGUAAAGGAGGUGGUGAAGAGGCCACUGCAGAUCAAAGGGGACGAGAAAUCACCUCUGGUGGAUAUUCCCGUGCUGCAGUUUUGCUACGCGUUCAUCCAAAGGCUCCCAAUCCCAGACUUGCAAGAGACCUUCCCUUCGCUGUUGGGAGUCCUGAAGGAGUCUGUGCAGCUGAACCUGGCUCCCCCGGGCUAUUUUCUGCUUCUCAGCAUGCUGAAUGACUUUGUAACGAGAACUCCCAAUCUGGAAAGCAAGAAGUACCAAAAGGACCUGCAGGAAAUCACUCAGAAGAUCCUGGAAGCUGUAGGGAACAUUGCCGGCUCCUCCUUGGAACAAACGAGCUGGCUCAGCAGAAACCUGGAAGUGAAAGCCCAGCCUCAGGUCUCACUGGAAGAGUCUGAUGCUGAAGAUGAUCUGUAUGCAGAUGCUGCUGCCUCCUCAGCCAUGGUGUCUGCGUCCGCCCCCUCUGUUUACAGUGUGCAAGCCCUCUCUCUCUUGGCAGAGGUUCUGGCUUCUCUCCUGGACAUGGUUUAUCGAAGUGACGAGAAAGAGAAAGCGGUGCCGUUGAUCUCCCGCCUGCUCUACUACGUUUUUCCUUACCUGCGCAAUCACAGUGCCUACAACGCCCCCAGCUUCCGGGCCAGCACCCAGCUGCUGAGCUCUUUGAGCGGCUAUGCCUACACCAAGCGAGCAUGGAAGAAGGAGGUGCUGGAGCUGUUUUUGGACCCUACUUUCUUUCAGAUGGAUACUUCUUGUGUUCAAUGGAAGUCUGUUAUUGACCAUCUUCUGACUCAUGAGAAGACAAUGUUUAAGGACUUGAUGAAUAUGCAGAGCAGUUCACUGAAGCUCUUCUCCAGCUUUGAGCAGAAGGCCAUGCUGCUGAAGCGCCAGGCUUUCGCCGUGUUCAGUGGCGAGCUUGACCAGUACCACCUUUACCUUCCCCUGAUUCAAGAACGCCUGACAGACAAUCUCAGAGUUGGACAGACAUCCAUAGUUGCUGCUCAGAUGUUUCUUUUUUUCAGAGUUUUGCUGCUAAGAAUAUCUCCUCAGCAUCUGACCUCAUUGUGGCCAAUAAUGGUCUCUGAAUUGAUUCAGACAUUUAUACAGCUUGAAGAAGAUCUGAAAGAGGAAGACGAAUCACUGAGAAACAGCAACAAAAUAAACAGAACCAAAGCUGACGGAAAUGGACCUUUAGUUGGGGACGUCCCCCCAAGUGAUCUCUCCUUGUAUCUAUCUGCUUGCAAGUUCUUGGACACAGCACUUUCUUUCCCACCUGACAAGAUGCCAUUAUUUCAAAUUUACAGGUGGGCGUUUGUUCCAGAAGUGGACACUGAAAGCCCUGACUUCCUGUCGGAUCUGGAGGAGAAUCACCAAGAAUGCAAACCCCACACAGUUAGGAUUCUAGAGCUUCUAAGACUAAAAUAUGGGGCAAUUGGUGGCUCUGAUGAGAUGAGCAGAAAGAGCGAAUUUCCUCUUCUGCGCCAGCAUUCCAUUUCCAGCAUCAGGCAGUUGAUGCCAUUCUUCAAGACUCUAAACUGUGCUUUCAAAACCCAAAGUCAAUUGCCUGUGGAUGCCCCAGGAGGACCAGUCUUGGAGUUUCUGGUCACAGAGAGCCCAGGUGUCUUAAGGCAACUGGAAGAAUGUGUGGAAUAUGACUUUUUGGAGCAUCCAGAAUGUUAACAUUCUGAGAAGAUUGGUUCAGUCCAUCUGUCAGUACUUCACUGCGGACAAAGGUCCUCUCUAAACAGGAACGGAGCUCAAACAACUCUACUACAGUUCAAAAGUUCAUUUCAGAUAUUUUCUUUUCAGCCACAAAACACACCUCCCUUAAAUGCCUUGUAAGAUAUUUGAAUGGUAUUCUGUGUUUCUUCCUUGGUUUAUGUAAUGAAAAUAAAAUUAAUAUAUCAUCUGA